AGAGAGAAAGAGAGACAGAGAGAGGGGAGAAACAGAGAGGAAACCAAGGUCCAGGCCUUUCCACAGAGACAACGAGAAAGAAAAAGACAAUUCACGGCAGUUAUCUUUCUCUGCCUCCUUUUCUCUCUGUCUCUCUCUCUCUCCCUCUCCCUCUUUCUCUUUCUCUCUCUCUCUCUCAUCAGCCCCGCGUCAAUUGAUUUGUGUAUGAACAGCUGGGCGCUUUUUCGCCCCCCUCUCUGCCUGUGUGUUCUGAAUGAUCAGCUGAUGAAGAGACUGAGUGCACGCUGCAAUGCUGGGUUGCUAAUUCUCUCGCCUGCAGACAAGCGGCAGCCUGGAGACCACAGCCAGUCUCAGGCUGUACUAAAAGGUGCAUCUGAGGACAUGGAGGAAGAAAGUGGCUUAAAGAAACGAAAAAGUGACCACCAGGGUAACCAGGCUUCUGAAACUGGACAGGAGAUUGUUGAGAAAGUAAAAAAACGUCGCGGUCGACCCCCAGCUGAGAAACUCCCACCAAAUCCUCCCAAACUUACCAAGCAAAUGAACACUCUUGUUGAUAUGGUCAUCAACUACAAAGACACGUUGGGUCGCCAGAUCAGUAAAGGUUUUGUUCAGCUGCCAUCUAGGAAAGAGGUGCCAGAAUACUAUGAGCUUAUUCGCAAGCCUGUGGACUUUCGGAGGAUCAGGGAACGAGUACGUAACCACAAGUACAGGUGCAUUGCUGACUUGGAGAAAGAUAUAAUACAGAUGUGCCACAAUGCUCAGACUUACAACCUGGAGGGAUCUCAGAUCUUUGAAGAUUCCAUUGUUCUCAAGUCGGUCUUUGAAAGCGCAAGACAACGGAUAAUAGAAAUCAAUGAAGAGGACACUGAUGCUGUUGGAGGAAGUGAGGCAGUGCGUGCCAAGCAUUUAAACCUAGAGAUAAAGUCAGAAGCAACAAAAACAAAAUUUGACAAGAGUAGGGAGAGAAGCACCACUGUUCCUGCUAAUUCCAGUGCUAAAGUAAAGGGGAUUUACAGUGAUGAGGACAGCACUGAAGACCAGGAGGACAACACAGGCUUGGAGGAUGGCUGAAUUACAUCUUCUGGAUAUGAGCGCCAUGGCUCUGUCAUCUUGCUGAUAUUGGAAAAUGAUAAGCUCAUCAGAUCACAUACAUUUAUGUGAGUUGAUUCAGUGUCCUCAUUGUUCCCAAAUUUGUUCAUGAUCAUGAGCACAUUAAUAUACUGAGAUACUGCUAAAGACAUUAUGUUUGAAUUAAGCAAUAUCACACAAUAUGGAGUGCUGUUGUGCUUGAGUAUUGGCAGUGCUAGUGCUGUGCUGAUCUUCAGCACAACAGCAUGAUCUCAAGUGUGAUAUUGCUUUUACAAACCAGUUGCACAAAUACCACUUAUUAUUAACAUAUUGUAAUUAGUUUGUUCAUUUUAUUUUUUCUUAGUUAUUUCGCUCCGCCAAAACAUAUUCUUCCACAAGUGGCGAAGAUGGUGACCGACAGUUUAGCAGGGGAGAAAGUAGUUUUCAUUUUAUCUGGUACUAUAUAGCCAAGAAGUGAGGAGUAAUAUUUGUGAAGGUGGUGGACAGUUCUGGGAAACAAGAUUGACUUUAUAUUUGCACUUCAUCUCUGCUUUAGAUCAGCAGAUAAUUUUGGGUUCCAGGGUUGAAUCCCAAACAGCAUUAAAUACAAAGCUAGUGCGCUAGUCUACACAUGAAGUAAUGCCCUUGAUCACGGGUUAGAAAGGGGAUUCGGGAUAAAGCCUUUUGUAAGAAUCGGGUUAGCUUUGUAGCUUGUGUUAGCCAUGAACAGAACAAUGGACGGUUAAGGGACAAUUCAGAACUACUUAAAAGCAUUUACGAAGGAGACAAAGUGUUGCUUAUAAUGACAUAAUCUUACCAGAUGAUUUUCUUGCUGAAAGCAUUCCUGUGAUUGGUUUUUAAAUGUGGCUUUUAGCAGGCAGCUGCUUUCCUUUCUUUCCAGUACUGAGGACUGAAUGCUGGCAACCGACAGUUGGUGUAAGGCCAGUCUAGGGCAAAUAUAUAACUCAGAUAAUAGAUCUACGUCAAUUAGCUGUUGGAACAUUUAAUAAUUCAUAUCUGAGUUAAGGGACAAAGACAUGGUUGUAUAGCUCCUUUAUUUAAUGUCAUAGCAACUGAGUUCUGAACUAAGUGCAAUUUUAGUAUGUCAGAGUCAUAUAAUGGUAAUGAUUUGCUAUAAUUUGCUUAACCCUUUUAUUAUCUUUGUCAAUUUGACCCCAUUCAAUGUUUAAAGUUUUAAAUUAAAUUACUGAUUUUUUUUGCUUCAUAUUCAGUUACUAUUAUACAAAAACUUGGGUAACAAUUUUAAUUAUAAUUUUCUGAAGGUUUAGAAAUUGCUAGGGUCAAAUUAACUUAAGAAUAAAAGAUGUUAGUAAAGUUGAAGGUAACAGGAUGGUUAAAUAAAACAUAUUUUAAAGAAACACAUUUUAAAGAAGUUCUGAAAGUGUAUCUCCUCAAGCAUUUUUUGGUACAAUUAUUACACCCAAAUAGUGUGUGAUUCUUACUGUAUUUCUGUUGAAUGUGUUUCAUGUAGGCGGUAUUGUGGCUUAUUGGUUAGCAUAGUCGCCUUGCACCUCCAGGGUUGAGAGUUCUGAUUCCGUCCCGGGUCUGCGUUCAUGGAGUUGCAUUUUCUUCCUGUGCUUAGUGGGUUUCCUCCAGGUACUCUGGAUUCCUCACAUAGUCCAAAGACAUGCAGAUUAGGCUAUAUUGGUGAUUCCCAAAUUCCCCAUGUAUGUGUUUUCCCCGCGAUGGAUUGGCACCCUGACCAGGGUGUACCCAGCCUCGUGCUCUAAGUCGCCUAAAAAGCAUUUAACCUUACAUCAAAGUACAUAUCUUUAUGAAAGUUAAUUACUAUUGUACUUUAUAAAGUCUUUAUACAUUUUUAUGCACCUUUAUUGUAGUUGGUACGAAGGGAUUAUGCAUGUGUCAUGUAACCCUAUAAAACCUGCCAAUGGUAUGAAAUAGUUUAUAAGUCAGGAAGUACCUUUUUCCACUUAAAAUGUAACCUCUUCCAUUUUUUAUACAUGGUUGUGAUGAAAAAAAUGGUCAUCUCUGCUUUAAUUUGUGAACAUAUUUGGGAACAACAGUGCAAACCGAACUCAUAUUUAAUUAAUCAAUGUCUUAACUACAUAAUUAAUGAGCCCUGUGGUGUUUUGGGAGCAUGAUGCAUUUUGCUGGAAGGACAUUACCCUUAAGAGACGGUUUUAAUGAUAACACUGUCAAGACGUGUGUGUAGUUUUGCGGGAUGGGAGAGAAAAUGUCUUUAUAGGUAGAUUUUGAAAUAAAGUUUUUAAGGUUUUUAUGAUAUGAAAGUGCAAAGAGGUUUGAUUUGAAUCAUCGUAAUUGAUAAUAAACAUUUUUAUAAAUAGU